AUGCCCGCGGCACGGAAGGAGUUUCACAUCAACCCCCGUGUGGUGGCGGCGCAGUACGCGGUGCGUGGGCUGAUCCCCAUGCGGGCGGACGAGAUCAAGAAGGCGCUGGCGACGCCGGAGGGGAGGGCCAAGUACCCCUUCUCCAGCCUUGUCUACUGCAACAUCGGCAACCCACAGGCGCUGGAGCAGGCGCCGCUGACGUUCUUCCGGCAGGUGAUGUCGCUGAUCGACGCGCCGUUCCUGCUGGAGAACGAGCAGGUGACGUCGCAGUACCCGGCGGACGCCGUGGCGCGUGCGCGGGAGUACCUUGGCCACAUCGGCAAGGGCACGGGCGCCUACACGGACUCCGCGGGCUACGCCUUUGCCCGCGAGAUUGUGGCGCGGCGCAUCGACGAGCGCGACCACGGCGCACAGCCGCCGGCGGACGCCUCCUCCAUUGUGCUGACGGACGGCGCGAGCACGGGGGUGCGGCUGCUGCUGCAGAUCCUUGUGGGCGGCGCCGGCGACGCGGUGAUGAUCCCCAUCCCGCAGUACCCGCUGUACACGGCGCAGAUUGCGCUGCUUGGCGGCACGCCCGCGAUGUACUACCUGCGCGAGGGGGAACACUGGGCCCUGAACGCGGAGGAGCUGGCGUCGGUGUACGACGAGUGCGUGGCGAAGAGCAACGCGACGCCGCGCGUGCUGGUUGUGAUCAACCCCGGCAACCCCACCGGCGGCGUGCUGGAGCGCGGCGUGAUGGAGUCGGUGGCGAAGUUCUGCUGCGACCGCGGUGUUGUGCUGAUGGCCGACGAGGUGUACCAGGAGAACAUCUACGCGGAGGGGAAGCGGUUUGUGAGCUUCCGCGAGGUGGUGCUGGGGAUGCCGGCGCCGUACAACACGGACACGGUGCUGGUCUCGCUGCACUCGACGUCGAAGGGGAUCAUUGGCGAGUGCGGACGCCGCGGCGGGUACUUUUGCUGCACAAACUUCCCCGCGGCGCUGCGGGAGCAGGUGACGAAGAUGUGCUCCAUCAACCUCUGCAGCAACGUGAAUGGGCAGGUGAUGACGGCGCUGAUGUGCUCGCCGCCGCGGCGCGGGGACGCGAGCUACGAGUCGUACUGGGCGGAGUACAAUGGGAUCUUCGCGAGCCUCAAGAAGCGCGCCCUGCUGCUCGCGGAGGAGCUGGGCAGCAUCCGCGGGUUUUCGUGCCAGCCGGUGGAGGGGGCGAUGUACGCGUUUCCGACGAUUCAGCUGCCGGAGAAGUACCUGCAGCACAAUGCGGAGCUGAACGCGAAGGAGGGCCGCACGCUUGCGCCCGACGCGCGCUGGGCGCUGGAGCUGCUGGAGAACACCGGGGUGGUCGUGGUGCCCGGCUCUGGCUUUGGGCAGCUGCCCGGCACGCUGCACUUCCGCACGACGAUCCUGCCGCCGGAGGCGCAGAUGGAGCGGGUGGUGAGGGCGGUGCGGAGCUUUCAGGAGGGCGUGUGGGCCAAGUACGCGUAG